UUCACGAAAUGCAAUUUGACUCUUUUCCACGCCAUUAAACCUGAUUCGUCUGGUUUAUAGCUCAGCCAGCACCACUCCUCACUCAGACUUUCCAAAUAAAACGGAUCCAGCUGUGUGCGGCUGUGCGCCUUCGGUGCGUCACACUGCUCUGCUGCUCGGUAGAAGGGGCAGGCAGUGGCGAAAAGGACAAGGAAGAGAGAGGAAAGAUGUCCAGUAUCAUGAUUCUGUCUGUGUCGUUGAGUUUGUGCCUGUUGUGGGUUACCGGAGGCUCGACGCGGAGCGGGGCUGUGAUCCUGCGGGAUGCACUGGAGCGGAAUCCGCUCAGUCUCAACGACAUGUUCCGGGAGGUGGAGGAGCUGAUGGAGGACACUCAGCACAUACUGGAAGAGGCUGUGGACCAGAUAACUACUGAGAGUGCAAAAUCCUCUUCCUCGCUGGAUCUGCUUCCCAACUACCACAACCAGACAAGCAGGACGAUAAAGGAUGGAGACAGGGUGGUUCGGGUCCUAGACAGAGUUGAUAAGGAAACUAAUAAUAAAACAGGAGAGAGUCAUCUUUCACACACCCACAUGGAGAUGUCUGGCCUGUGGAACUCUGUGGAUCAUGAAUGCAUGGUGGAUGAGGACUGUGGGGAUCUGAAAUACUGCCUGUAUGAGAUAGAGAACUCCAGGUGCCUCCCCUGCAUACCAACAGAUAUGCCCUGCACUAAGGAUGAAGAGUGUUGCUCCGACCAAAUGUGUGUGUGGGGCCAGUGUACAGUCAAUGCCACCAGUGGAACAGAGGGAACUAUUUGUCAGGGUCAAAGUGACUGCAGGCCGGACCUUUGCUGUGCCUUUCAAAGAGAGCUAUUGUUUCCAGUGUGCAAUCCAAGUCCUCAGAAAGGGGAAUCCUGUCUGAGCCACCCCAAUCUGUUGAUGGAUAUGCUGGCCUGGGACCAGGAAGGUCCCUGGGACCACUGCCCCUGUGCUGAUAAUCUCCAGUGCCAACCUCAUGGACGAGGAUCUAUCUGUGGAGAAUAAUAAUGGAGAUGGAGAGAGCAUGCUGAAGUUAUAACUCUGUCCAGGAGCUGCACUAACAUCCUUACAAUAACCAAAGAGCAGCCCUCCUGCUGAUCACAUGUGUAACAAAGAACAAAAUUUUGUUUCAGGACUUGAUUGCACUGCACACUAUUUCUGCCUCACAAUAAUGUAACUGCCAUUAAGCAAAUAAAAGACUUGUUUUUAGUUUUAGCUGAAAACCAAGAAAGCGUGAUUGCGGUAUCUAUAUAUCAUAUAUUAUGAACAUGAAUGGAUUCUCUUUAAGAGUUGCUGUGUGAUAUAAAAGGUACAGUUGGCCACUAGAGGGGGAACUUUGACUCUUUUUGUCCUGACAAGAUGAGUAACCUGAGAAAUAAUAAAUGUACUUGCCACUUGGACAUUAAUACAUGAAUGAGGCUGAUGGCCACAUAAUCGUGGUAUUGACUAUGCCCCCUAAACAUACACCCACUCACACUAAGAUGACAACUCUAGGAACUGAGAGGUGACAAAAGAAACCUUUGACUUUCAAUCAAGGAUUGAAGACUUUUAAGAUUUAGUGCCUGUUGACUUCUUUCAUUGUUUUUUUUUACAAAGACAAAGAAAAUGUAUAUUUUUUACACUUUAAUGAAGGAUUCUCCUCCCAUCUUGUGUCAUACGAACAGCCACUUGUUGAAUGGAUGAACUUGGUGGGAAAACCAGUCUAUUUCUGAAGUAUGUUUCUUGCUGUUUCUUGAAUGUUUUCAUUUUUGUGUUAAUGUAAGUAAAGGAUUUAUAGUGCUUAUCAUGUAAACACUUUGAUUACAACACAUUACUCUGUUUUUAUCUCACAAAGUUGUUAUUCAUAAAGUUUGUUUUAAUCUAUCAUUUCUGCCAUAAAAUAAACAACAAAGUGUAUAUAAGAGACCUAUGCAGUAUGUAUAAAAGCACUUAGUUAACCAUCUGUGUCUUUUAGAGUGUUAACUUGUUACUUUAACUUGGGGGGCAUUUGUAUUACUGUAUUUCAGAGUUGGAGUUUAGGUUUGUUUCUGAGUCUUUCUUUUAUCAGUGAUAUGAUGAAAUACAGUAUGAUGACUAGGAUUCCUUUAGUUAUCAUCAUGGAGUCCCCUAACAGGUUAUAGUUUAUUAUGAAUGAGGCACUGAUA